AUGGACUUGCACAGCGAUGGAGGAUCAGGCGCAGCUACACCGACCCUCGCAAAGUCGUCCUCGUCGCCGACGUUCGACCUCCCGCCCCAGGUGACCGACCUCGACUUGCUCUCGCUCGCAUCGUCGUCGCCUAACCCGCCUGGGCCGCACUUUACGCACCACCCGCCGCUGCACUCGACGUACUCGCGACACCUGGGCGACUUUCCCCCCGAGAUUAUCGCCCUCAUCAUCCAUCACCUGUACUACUCCUACGUCCCCUACCCGACGCCGUUCCCCUGCCCGGACCCGUACCUCGAGCUCGUCCCCGCAACGCCGUACGAACCCUCCCACCUCGCCCAACCGCUCGACACCCAAGCGAAAGAGACCCUCGCCUCCAUCUGCCUCGUCGACAAGACGUGGAGCGCAGAGGCGACGAGGGCGUUGUGGCGCCGCGUCAGUUUCGGGAUGCCGAGGGCGUUUGAGAGCGUGUUGAGGACGAUUGAGGAGUACAGCGGUGGGCAGAGGGUCGCGAGGCCGCUGCGGAGCGAUGCACGAGGUGGAAGAGGACACAGCAGCGAGGCGGCGAACAACAGCAGCCUCGGCCUCGUUGGACUCGAGCUUGACGAGCCGGUGAAAGGCGCAGGAGCAGCUGGUGGAGGAGGUUUUGCCGGCGGGCUCAAGGCAGCUCUUGAGGCGGCAGUCGAGGAAGAGACUCGCGGGCGACCACUCGUCUCGUCUCCACCCGAGGAGCGCCACCCACUCCCAAGCCACCACUCCGCACCGGUCGAAAUCGCCAACUCCUUCCCUCCUCCAGCCCCUCUGCCCACCCUCGACCCCGCCGACUCUCCCCUCCUCUUUACGCGCGCAAUCUCCUUCGCUCGCUUUCGUACGGCGGGGAUGAAGCGCACUCUCCGCCAAGGCUCGCACGAGCGGUUCGUCACGCCUCAUCGGCUCGUCACGCUGCUCAAGGGGACGAGGUACCCGAGGGACAAGCUUGUCAAGCCUGUUGUGAACAAGGAUGAGGAGGACGAGGAGGACGAGGAGGAGAGGUGGAGCUCGAGUGCCGACGAGAGUGAGGGAGAGACGCCGGGCGGGAAGAAGAAGAAGAAGGUCGCUGGCCAGCUCUGCCAAGUCGGCUUCUCGGAGUACAUGGACAGCGCGAUCACGUUCGAGGUCCUCGAGGAGCUUCUCUUCCGCGGCGGCUACCUCGCCGAGUACGAGGAACCCGAAGAGCCCGCCUUCAUGCCGGACUUUGGCUCGUCCGAGUCCGACCUGGGCGUCGGUCUGCGAUCGCCUUACUUUGGUGCAACGCCCGGCUCGCACGUCCCUGCUUCCCCUCACGAACCCUUCCACUACCGCCACCUCGCCUCGUCACACUCUCGCUCGCCCUCGACAGACCGGGGCAGCCACCGCACCCGCUCUUCGUCCAUCUCGACGUCGAUCGCCGAGGAGGACGAGACGAUGGUCGACACGGAUGACGACGCGCCUGGGUCGGGCUCGCGUACGCCCGUCGGACGCAGGCCUGCGCAUUGGAUGCAGAGGAGGCCGAGCGGGUCGUCGUUCGCUCCGCCUGCGACUCAGCCGAACGGACAGAUGCACCCGGUCGGGUCGCCUGACGAGCACAUGUCGAGCGGCGCGGAGGACCUCGAGGACGAGGAAGAAAUGCGAGGUCGAGAGCGAUUCGGGCGGAGUCGGGGUGCAUUGCCGACCAGUCAGAGCGCGAGCGGGCUUGCGACACCGACUGAAUCGCAUCCUCGAGGUCGUCCUCGCUUCAACCGCUCGCUCCUUCCGCCUCACGCCUUCCUCACCCGCUCGGCGUCCCUGCCCGCGCAUGCCGUGCCACAACUCCCGCAAGUGCGCGCUUCGCAAGGUCACGGCUCUCGCCCUCCUUUCCGCCACCAGUCCCUCUCGCGCGCAUCCGAGCGCUCUUCGUCCGUUCCAGCAUCGGUGAGCGGCCGCUGGGCACCCGAGCCAGCGCCGAAGCGGACGGUCCAAGUCCUCGAAGGCAGCCUGACGAUGCAGCCCGUCCGGGCGCUCGACUUGUGCGGCUGCGUCUCGCGCGUCUUUGUCGCAGGCCUCGAAGAGUUUGUCAAGAUGUACAAGUGUGGUCCGAAGGCGCUCAUGCCACCGCCUGGGAUGGACACGCUUGGCGAGGAGGACGAGGACGAAGAGAUGGAGAUGGGAUACCGGACGCCCUCCUUGCGGUCGGUCAGGAUGGGCUACACGGAGGAGCGCAUCCUCAAUCGCACUUUCUUCCCUCACCUGCGUCGACUUGGUCUCGCCUCGUCGCUCCUUCCCUCCGACCUCCUCACCUCUUUCGUCCUCUCCUUCCCCUACCUCACGCACCUCGACCUCGCCUCGACUCUUACGUCGCCGAUGCUGCUCAAGGGUCUCGCCUUGGCCGGACAGAAGGGCAUCGGCGGACGCCCGAUGCGUCUCAAGGCGCUCUCGCUCGCCCGCUGCCGCCUCAUCACCGGUGCCGCCCUCCUCGGCCUCUUCUGCGGCGACUGCCCACCUCUCACGACGCUCGCUGGCCUGUCAGACGACGAGGACGAAUCGUGGGGAUCAGGUGAGGUCGUCAGCGAGCUGACCGACCUCUCGCUCUUCGGCGACGGGACGUACCCUUCGCCCCUCGAGGUUCCGGAACUUCGCCUCGUCGUCUCCGCCUCGCCCGCUUUCCGCUCCGGUCGCCUUCGCACCCUCGACCUCUCCAGCACGCCCAUGUCCGACGUGAUCCUCACCGGGCUCAUCCCGCCUCAGCCGAACCUGAUGCAGCUCGGACUCGCCCACUGCCGGUCAAUCACGAUGCAUGCCGUCUCGACCUUCCUCUGCACCAAAGCCAACGCCGUCGAGAUCCUCGACUUGAGCCACUCGUGCCCGUCGCUCGUCGGUCAGAGCAUCAGCAGUCGGCGACGCGUAACCCUCGGCCCGCCUUCGAUGUCGAUCAUGGAGCUGCAUGCAGUCCUCCUCUCGCAGUGCGCGAGCCUCGAGUCGUCGUCGCCGAAUCCGGAAGAGGCGCAACUUCUGCUGGCGCUGCGGCAGACCAACUUGCGGAUCGUCGAGCUCGACGAGAAGAGCCUCGAGCUGGUGCAGGGCGGCGCGGGCGACUGGAAGCCCGUCUGGGGCAAGGGCCGGCGUGGCUGGUACGUCGACACGGCCACCACCUCGACUCUUACGCCCUACUACUCGCCUUCGACCCGUCCUCGCCAGCUCCUCCACCUCCCUCGUACCGACACGCAGCGCCAGGCGCUCCUCAAGCUCGUCGACCAGAACCGGUCCGGCCUCGAGGUCGCGUGGAAUCCGCGCAAGAUGGAGGUUUUGAAGGGCGAGGGCAUGCUCGGGUACCGCGAGGGCUUGUACGCCUAUCACAGCUUUGCGUCGUGA